AUGUUUUUUAAGUUAGCGAUAUUGUGUUGUGUUUUGGUUUUGAGUGAUGCAGCAUUUGAAGGUGAUGAAUGUGACGUCGCUGGAGUCAAGGGGACCUGCACUCUCCUUCCAAAAUGCCCUUCAGCCCUUAACGCAAGAAGAAAAGGAGUACGCCCCCAGGGCUGCGGUUUUGAUGGACCAACGCCUAUAGUUUGCUGUUUGCAGGACCAAAAACCGACGUGGCGACCGCCUACAAUCACCACGACACAGAGAUCGACAGUUACUAGACGACCAGAAGAUGAUAACCGCACUGGAGGGUGUGAAGCUGUACCCGAAGAACUGACAUCCAAGGAAACUGGGCAGAAGGCGUUUGAUAAAUGUAUCGAGUAUCAGGCAGCUUACGUCUACCCCUGUGAGAAUGUGGUGUCUCUCUUAGGAGGGUUUAGCAGAACCAGACAUUGUCAUCACAACGUUGAUAAGUUGGUUUAUGGAGGAAAUGACACUCACAUCCACGAAUUUCCUCACAUGGCGAUGCUGGGAUAUGAAGACUAUGGACAACCACUUACUUACAACUGUGGCGGUUCCAUCAUUAGCGACAAAUUCAUCUUAACGGCUGCACAUUGCACUUUUAACACUAAACUGGGUGAAGUGAAGUAUGUAGUAGUUGGAGCUCUAACCAGGACUGAUGCGAACAACCCUUCAAACGUUUUAAAAGUGAGAAGAAUAAUCAAACAUCCCGAAUAUGCGUCACCAUCACAGUACCACGAUAUCGCUUUACUGGAGACGGAGAAAAGAAUUCCUUUGAGUCAGUUUGUGGUUCCCGCAUGUCUUCACGUCGGAGAUCCUGUCACUGACGAUCAAGUCCUGGCUACUGGCUGGGGCCUCACAGAAAACAGGGCCAUUGCAGAAGUUAUGCAGAAGGUCAUUUUAAGCAAAUUCACGACAGAAGAAUGUGCGUUAAAAUACCCUGAGUACAGGCUCCUGCUGAAAGGGUUCGACCCUCAAACCCAGACGUGUUAUGGCGACAAAACAAAAGCUGUGGACACUUGUCAGGGUGACAGUGGAGGACCCAUCCAGAUCAAAAGCAAAAGGAUUAAUUGCAUGUACAUUCUGGUUGGAGUGACGUCGUUUGGGAGAAAAUGUGGAGUGAUUGCUGAACCGGCGAUAUACACCAAGGUGUCUUAUUAUGUACCCUGGAUUGAGAGCAUCGUGUGGCCGUGA